UGUGCCAACUUCCGUUACAUUGGGAGGGUCCCUUUAAGAAGAAGUUGAUAGGCAGCUAAUUUUGUUGAAGCUUACAUUGCAAGCUGGAGCUUUGUUUUAGAGUCAUUAUAGGUAUCAUUUUCUGAUGGUGGGCAUUAAAAUGGAGCCCCAAUUCCAGCCAAGCUGGAUGCUUGAUCCAGAGUUUAAGAGUUGGCUGCAACCAGAUCCUGCAUCCACAAAGUUUGGUAUAUGCUCGAUUUGUGAUGUGCGUGUGAAGGCUAGUCUGCAACAACUGCGCACUCACUCGACAAGAAACCACUUGGAGAUGGCUCGAGCUGUCCGCAGACCACGUGAGCAGGUGCUCAAGUACGACCCCAGGUGGCAGACAAUGUCUGAUCUGAGUGACUGGAUGUGCCGCUCUCCACACAAUCCCAACAAUGCUUUCUGUGUGUGCUGCAAUCAGGAGUUAGUGCCAAAGCUUUUGAACCUCAGACAGCAUGGAACCAGCCAGCGUCACCGGCGGCUCAGUCAACGACCUGUAGAGCAUGUGGGCGCUACUGAUGAAGCUCCUAGUGGUGUGCUCGGCCGUACCAGCACUGGCAAACAGUCUCGUGCACAGACCAUCGAGCUGUGGCGGCAGCGGCCUGGCAUGGCCGCCUGGCUGCGCCGCUCUGCCGCCGACUGGCGAAAGGCGUUCUGCCUCUACUGUUACCGCGAGAUCACGGCCAAAUGGGUGUUUGUUCAAAGGCACGCGCAGAGUCGGAGGCACGCGCGGCUGGCCGCCGCCGCCGGUCUGGUGAGCGAGCCUGAGCCGGCACCGCUGGACUCUGCGGGGCUCUGCAACGCCGACCAGGGAACAGAGGAGACCGGCGGGCGGGAGACUGGUGGGAGUGACGCUGGAGACGACCAGAGUGACACAGCUGGCUUGGUCCCUGCCCAACACAUGCCAGAGAGUGACCAUUCCCCGUUGGUUCGACCUCACCCAGAUAGUGACGGGACAUCAUUAGUCCUACUCGACCCAGAGAGCGAGGGGUCCCCUUUGGUUCAGAUCCAUACAAAGAACGACCGAUCCCCGUUGGUCCAAUUCGACCGGGAGGGUGACGUUCCCCUGGUGGUUUUAUAUCGCCCAGAGAAUGACGGACUCCCUGUGACGGCUGACCGCGCUCAGUGCCAGUCCGACCCUGAGACUGAGCUAGUUCCCGACACCGCCGUCGUCCCUCCAUCCUCGGACACCGGUGGUGCUGAUGGGGACGGCAAUACCUCCACGGCGCCCCGCCGAUGGGUGAACCACGCCAAGUACAACCCCUCGUGGGAGCAGCGACCCGAGCUGGCCGGCUGGCUGUGCCGCAGCUCUGCCAGACCUCGCUACGCCCAUUGUCUGGUGUGUAGCCGUGAUAUACAGCCUAAAUUAGCUCACGUGCGGAGACACGGCGCCUCUCGGCGACACAUCCGAAACGCGACAAAGGCAGAAGAAGUGCGAGUCGAGUUUCGGCCUCCGGGCAGCGAGAAUGAGGGCGGAACCACCACCGCGGAGGCCGAAUCUGAAACAGAAGAGACUGUGUGCGGGACCGGAGAUGGACUCCCUGUGACGGCUGACCGCGCUCAGUGCCAGUCCGACCCUGAGACUGAGCUAGUUCCCGACACCGCCAUCGUCCCUCCGUCAGCUCCGACGCCCUCAAAGUCCAAUGGUGGUGAUGGGGACGGCAAUACCUCCCAUACGCCCCGCCGCUGGGUGAACCACGCCAAGUACAACCCCUCGUGGGAGCAGCGACCCGAGCUGGCCGGCUGGCUGUGUCGCAGCUCCGCCAGACCUCGCUACGCCCAUUGUCUGGUGUGUAGCCGUGAUAUACAGCCUAAAUUAGCUCACGUGCGGAGACACGGCGCCUCUCGGCGACACAUCCGAAACGCGACAAAGGCAGAAGAAGUGCGAGUCGAGUUUCAGCCUCCGGGCAGCGAGAAGGAGGGCGGAACGGCCACCGCGGAGGCUGAAUCUGAAACAGGAGAGACUGUGUGCGGGACCGGAGAUGGACUCCCUGUGACGGCUGACCGUUCUCAGUGCCAGUCCGAUCCUGAGACUGAGCUAGUUCCCGACACCGCCAUCGUCCCUCCGUCAGCUCCGACGCCCCCAAAGUCCAAUGGUGGUGAUGGGGACGGCAAUACCUCCCAUGCGCCCCGCCGCUGGGUGAACCACGCCAAGUACAACCCCUCGUGGGAGCAGCGACCCGAGCUGGCCGGCUGGCUGUGCCGCAGCUCCGACAGACCUCGCUACGCCCAUUGUCUGGUGUGUAGCCGUGAUAUACAGCCUAAAUUAGCUCACGUGCGGAGACACGGCGCCUCUCGGCGACACAUCCGAAACGUGACAAAGGCAGAAGUGCGAGUCGAGUUUCAGCCUCCGGGCAGCGAGAAGGAGGGCGGAACGGCCACCGCGGAGGCCGAAUCUGAAACAGAAGAGACUGUGUGCGGGACCGGAGAUGGUGCCGGGGAAAUGGCAGACGCUGCUGGCGAGGACGGACCGGCGGCCGAUGACCAGCGCGACUGCAGCGCUGACGGUCCUCAGGAGGAGGUCGGCGGGCGACCGGCGCCGGCCCGCCGCCGGCUCACCUACCUCUCCAACUGGGAGUCGGUGCCGGAGCUGCGCGCCUGGCUGCGCCGCUCGCCCUGGGACAGACGCCGCCCGUUCUGCCGCUGGUGUCGGCGCGAGGUGACGGCUAAACUGGCGCACCUGCGGCGUCACGCGCGCUGCAGUCUGCACCGCCGCGCGCGGCCGCCGUCGGGUUACUCCGGCGUACGGUCAGUGGAGGUUGGUGGGAAGAAGAGGCAGGUGCUGACAAGGGAGCGGGCAGACGCACCUGAGGAAGCAGCAGCUGACGGUGGCACAGACGCGGUGAUCGAGGGCCCGAGACAGCGCGCCGAACUGGGUCCGUUCGGCACCUGCGUGGUCUGCAAACACCCGCUGGUGAUCCGGCUCAACAUUUUCCGCUCCCGCACGCGGCCGUCCGGUCGCCUGGUGGCCGAUAUGCUCUCCUCACUGGUACUGCAGCCGCUCGAGGAGGGAAGCGGUGAUCUUUCCGUCUCCGAGAUCUGCACUUCGUGUGCUGCCCUUCUCGAUGAGGCCGACGAACUACAAGCCAGGCUCACCGCCAUCGAGAAAGACGUGCGGCUGAAGUUCUCGUCUCCCCGUCCCCUGGCGCGGCCGGCCACCCCGCUGUUGAACUCUGCCGACCCUCCGGAGAACGCCGGGACUGAGUUCGUCCCGGCCACAGCCGACCCCACACACGACAGCGAGUCGCCAGCAGCGGAGACGCCGGCGGAGAUCGGCGACACCGCGACCGGGCAGCCGGUGGCCUUCAUCACUAUAGGAGAGAGCGACCGGGAGAUCUCACAGACGGUGGUUCGAACGGAGACUCUGGAGAACGGAGACCUCGUCAUCUAUCAGGAGCCAGCCGACCUGGUGCAGUCGGAGACGAUAGACGCGGUCAGCAACUGCUCCCCCCUGCUGGACGAGGACAUGCCGCAGGACGUGGUCGCCGAGCCUCCCUCAGACGACUCUCAGUCGGCGCCGGAGCCGCGUGCCCCGCCGGUCCGGCGGCGGCGGCGGCGGCGGCGCUCCUUUGACUGCGCGCUCUGUCGGAGUAGUUUCCCCACCAGCGCGGCGCUGCAGCGCCACUGGGCCGCCGAGCACCCGCACGAGCUGCAGCAGUGUCCACUCUGUCCCAGACGCUACCUGUACACCUCCAGCCUCAAACAGCACGUGCGUACCCACCAGCCGCGCCGCUACACGUGCGAACAGUGCGGCAAACAGUUCACGGCCGCCUGCGACCUCAAGAAGCACGCCAUUUUCGCGCACAGCGACGUGCGGAAACACCAGUGCGGCACGUGCGGCCGGGCGUUCAAACUGGCCUGGAUUCUGAGCAGACAUAUGCGGCUGGUACAUGAUGUGACGGUGAAGUAGGACUAGCGGCCUACUGAGGCGUAUGUGACCGUGCCUUUAUACCGGUUUGUGAAUGGUGUUGUGUUAACGAUGUCGACUCAGGUAUGAGUGAUCGAUAUGGUGAGCUUUUAAGGGUUUUGCACUGGCUAAGGCGUGACCUAGUCUUCGUUCCAAGGUUUGUUCCUAUGCAAAUUAGUGUUUUGCAUUUGAUGCUGAGAAUUAAAAUAAAGAAUAAAGCCGUUCACAAUGCGGA